UGGGAGUCGACGCUCAGUCAUUCGAUGAUAGUCAGUGCGCGCGCAAAUAAGCUCUAGGUCGGGUGCACAUUUACAGCAUUACGAAGCUGCAUCGUAAAAUCCGAACAUGAUCACGAGGCUCAGACUCUGCUGUGCUCCAAUCGCGCAGCGAUGGGUGUUCGCUCUGAUGGGCUUUUUAGCCCUUGUCAUGGCCUACGGCAUGCGAGUAAGUCUAUCCAUUACAAUCACCGAGAUGGUCGUACCAAUAUAUAGAAAUGAAUCCGAAGAUGGCACGUGUCCAAGACUCGACGAACCCGCCGCAAGUGCUAAUUUGAGUAUCAGUGUUGCCGAUCGCUACAACUGGAGCGAAUACACGCAAGGUAUCAUCCUGUCGUCGUUCUACUGGGGCUACGUGGUGACGCAGAUGCCGGGGGCUGCCCUGGCCGAGAAGUUCGGAGGCAAGCAGACGCUCGGGCUCGGGAUCUUCUCGACGGCACUGCUGACGGUGAUGAUACCGAAGACCGUCGAGUGGGGGGACUCGAGCGGGCUGAUAGUCCUGCGCGUGCUGAUGGGCCUGUGCGAGGGCAUCACGCUGCCGGCGCUGAACGCGAUGCUCGCGCAGUGGGCGCCGCCGGAGGAGCGCUCGAAGACCGGCUCGUUCGUGUUCGUCGGCGCGCCGCUCGGCACCGUGUUCGCCACCGCGCUCAGCGGCCUCAUCCUCAAGCACACCGGCUGGCCGGCGGUCUUCUACUUCUUCGGCGGCGUCGGCAUGCUCUGGUACGCCGUGUGGCUGCUCGUCUGCUACAACACGCCGCGCGAGCACCCGUUCAUCAGCGAGAAGGAGGCCAAGUACCUCGAGGAGCAGCUGAGCGAGCACGCCCACGAGAAUCCGCCGCCGGUGCCCUGGAGGCACCUGCUCACCUCGAUGCCGCUCUGGGCCUUGAUAUCCGUGCAGGUCGGCCACGACUGGGGCUUCUACACGAUCGCCACCGACCUGCCCAAGUACAUGAGCAGCGUGCUGCACUUCAGAGUCGAUCAGAACGGCUACCUCUCGUCCCUGCCCUACAUCGGCAUGUGGCUCUGCUGCCUGUUCAUGUCUUGGCUGGCCGACUGGCUGAUCGCCAAGGAGCGCAUGUCCAUCACGGUCGUGAGGAAGGUGGGAACGACCAUCGCCUCGAUUGGCCCUGGCCUCUUCAUCGUCGCUGCCUCUUACGCCAAGUGCGAUCGAGUCUUGGUCGUCGGCAUGUUCACGCUCGGCGUCACCCUGCUGGGAAGUGGUAUUCCGAGUCUCAAAGUCAACGCGCUGGAUCUCAGUCCCAACUACGCCGGCACUGUCAUGGCUAUAAGCAACAGCGCGGCCGCCUGUACCGGCAUAUUGACGCCUUACAUCGUCGGAGUACUGACGCCCAACCAAACGAUCGACCAAUGGCGCGUCGUAUUUUGGAUAAUAUUCAUCGUGCUCGCGGUCACCAAUGUGUUUUACUUGAUUUUCGCGAGUGGCAAAAUUGCCGCGUGGAACGAUCCCGUCUUGAUGCAAAGAAACAGAGAGGAGAAGAGGAAAGCGCUACGAGUCACGCGAAUUACGUGAUCGCGAUCGAUUCGAUACCAUUCGCUUCCUUCGUUUCGUCCCGAUUACUCAUCAUUAGCUAUUCAUGAAUUUGCGUUUUCUUAGCGCGUCGUACACUUUCACGCGCCAACGACUCUCUCCUCUCUGGCGCGCGCUCAAAAUCGCAUUCUUUAGUAUUCAUUUUUAUUUCAGUUAUACACCGUUGGAUGUUUUACAGUCAUGCGUUAACUGUCGAAUGUUUUUUUCUUGUACUUUACGUAAGUUCGUUUCUUUCUUUUAGUUGGAAAAUAACUUGAAGCAAACAAAGCAGUUGUCAUUGGCCAAUUGACCAAUAUUGUACUAAUAUGUUGAAUUGACAAUUUACUGGCAAAUAUUGACGACGCAGUUAUUUGUCUCAAAGCAAGUAUUUUUUGAGUCUUAGAUAUCUAUGUACAUCAUAUUUAUUUUCACUGCCUUCGCAAAAACGAACAAUUAUCGAUUGCUUUGGUUUCAACAUAUAUUUUGUACCUUCACACAUCGUUCGCAAAUGCUGAUCUUCUUCAAUUUUUAUAUUUUUAUAAAAUAUUAUUGUCUACUCGAUUUCAUUAGUACUAUUAGUUUCAUUCUCUGCGCUCUAAUUAUAUAUUUAUAAAGUUUACAGUAUUUUCUGAAAAUUUUCAUCAAUGAUUUUAUGAUUUUAUGAAUGUUCGUACAAAUAUUACAUACACGAUAGUCCAAUUGAAUGUGUCCAAUUCGUGUACAUGCGCGUGUAUACUUAUAUUUUAAGAUUAUACCUGAACAUAACAAAAAUUAUUCAUUAAUGCACCUGUAUGUAUGCAGCCUUUCGUACUGGCAUGGUAGAUAUGUAGUUUUAGAUUU